AAACUAGCAGGCAGUUGUGUUUUUCUUCAAGUGAAAAUUCCUUUCAUAUGGAUAAAAAUCUCUUAGCAUUACAAGAGAGUAUGCAGUAACUACCUGUUUCAGAUUAUAUCGUUUUUGUCAACAGGAAACUGUGCUGCACUUGCACCUGCCUUCGGUGCAGCCUGAAGUUGUUUGGAUGAUGAGAUUACUCUUUGUCUUUGGUGUAUCUUGUGUGCAUGUAGACUUGUGUACACCUGCCUCAAAGGUAUCAGGGUUUAUCGAAGAUGCACACUGAUUCAUGUCAAGAGAGGGCAUCCAGGCAUAUAUAAACAAAACUAGUGGGAUUUCUUCUGUUUAAAAUCUGAACCGCCUGGGUGAAAUUCUCUGUUGGGUGUUCCUCCACCUGCAUUUAUAUUUAGAUGUGGCUUUUUGGCUCGUUGAGACAGAAUAUUUUGCCGUCUUUUAUCGACAUUGAACUUGAAUUGUUUGGGGCAAUGUCUGCAUUUUUUUUAAAUUAGAAAAGGUAUUAAAAAGGUAUUUAAGUUUUAUGAAUAUAUUUAUUUGCAAUUCAAAUCCCUACAUUGUGUGUCCUCCUGUAUAGAAACCAUCCUGCAACUCCUUAAGACUAAAACUAUACUGCUUCUGAGUCCCUGCAUGGCGUACAGUGGCCUGGAGCUAUCUUUCUACAGUGGAGUGUAUGGGACAUGUAUUGGAGCAACUACACACUUUGGAGAAGCAGCUAAAGGCUUGAUUGGGAUCUCUGGGAUUGUGGUAGGCAUAGGAGAAAUUGUGGGUGGAGGCUUAUUUGGAUUGUUGUUUAAGAACAAUCGCUUCAGACGGACGUCUGUGGUGUUUUUGGGAAUGGUUGUCCAUUUCGUUGCUGUCUAUUUGAUCUUUCUCAACAUGCCUGAUGAUGCCCCUGUCGUCUUUAAUACCACCACCCAAAGUAAACCGUAUCUAACUCCAAGUAUAUCCAUUGCCCUGCUGUGCAGCUUCUUACUUGGACUUGGUGACAGUUGUUUCAACACACAGCUCUACAGCAUAUUAGGCUGUGUUUAUGCUGAACAAAGCACGCCUGCCUUUGCCAUCUUUAAAUUCAUCCAGGUAAUCCCGAGUUGCCAAUUCCCAGGCAUUGUUAGCAGAGCCGAGCAAAGCCGGGUUAAAAUGUUUUCUUGUCAAGUAUGAAAUGAAU